AACAUGAAUCAUAUGAACACCAAAUCGACCAGUACCUAACAAAUAUUAGGUGGAGCUAAGUAUAAGAGUUAAAGGCCGACCCCAAUCUGAUCUGGUUAGCACGUAUAGUGAAACACAGAAUAGAAGGCAAUCAUGUCUCUGAAAAUUGGCAUAGUUGGGUUUGGUUCCUUUGGGCAGUUUCUGGCGAAGACUAUGAUCAAACAAGGCCACACUCUAAGGGCAACUUCUCGUACUGACUACUCCCAAUUAUGCCACCAAAUGGGCAUCCAAUUCUUCAGGGAUGUUGCUGAAUUCCUCGAGGCCGACAACCAUGUCAUACUCAUAUGCACAUCCAUCCUGUCUCUCUCCAAGGUUCUCACCUCUAUGCCACUCACUCCUCUCAAAACACCAACACUCUUUGUUGAUGUGCUUUCAGUUAAAGAGCACCCAAGAGAUCUUCUACUUCGGGUAUUGCCAGAGGAGUCAGACAUACUGUGCACGCACCCAAUGUUUGGACCAGAUAGUGGGAAGGAUGGGUGGAAAGAUCUAACUUUCGUGUAUGAUAAAGUGCGAAUCCGAGAUGAAGCUAUCUGCUCUAACUUUCUCCAAAUUUUUGCAAGUGAGGGUUGCAGGAUGUUACAAAUGUCUUGUGAGGAACAUGAUAAACUAGCUGCCAAGAGCCAAUUUAUCACACACACUAUAGGGAGGACAUUGGCUGAACUGGAUAUCAAGUCCACACCUAUCGAUACAAAGGGCUUUCAGACACUUGUUCAAUUGAAGGAAACCACCACGAGAGAUAGUUUUGACUUGUAUAGUGGACUAUUCAUACAUAACAGGUUCGCUGUACAAGAGCUAGAGAAUCUCGAACGUGCCUUGCAGAGAGUCAAAGAGAUGCUUGCUCAAAGGAUGAAUGAGGAGUUGGGUACAGAAAAUACUUAAUGUUGAUGCACAGCACAAUCCUCUUGUUGACAAUGGUUUAUUCUUGAAUUAUGCUUAUAGGAGAGAGUGGUUGGUGCAUGGUACCGUUAAAAAAGAUUCAUUCAUGAAAUAUUUAGACAUUUUAUAUCUCAAGAAGACCAAGGCUGGAGUUAUUUUUUUUAUUCAGAGGCCGGAGUUUCAGCAAGUAGAUUAAUGCUUAAUCAUUUGUAGUAAAAAAGUACCAACGUUAUUGCUUCCAGCAUAUACUGGUAAAUUUAGAAAGCAUCAGAAAACUGACAUUUGGGUCGCCGA